GCGCGCAAGAGGGAGCGCAUCCCUCGCGCUCCUAAUCUGGCCCGGAAAAAAGGGCCAGAGGAUUUGCAGCGCCGUAACUCUUGCGGGAUUGCCCGAGAUAAGAGGCCAGAUAGUAGACAAUAAAAAAGAUGAUCUCGAGCAAUUUUGACUGAGACUCCUCCCCUCCUAGCUCCCUCUUUCUCUCUAAUACGGUCGCGAACGGCGAAUGACGAUUCAUAAUUCGCUUGCUGUGUUGUAAUUGUAAGCCGAUAAGAGCCGAGAUAACGAGACGCGCGCGUUCGGUAACGCAGUAAAGCACGAGCCGAGUCUUUUGCAUUCCCGCAUAUACCGCAGGGGACCGGAGUUAACCGCUAAGCCGAAUUCGACCGAAAAACUUUUCAUUAAGUCGACCGCAAGCCUGCUAAGUAUACGCGAACACUGCGCACUACUGUCGCGCGCAAAAGCAGCGAGACCUAAUAAAAACUCGACAUAUUUACGAUCCUAACGAGACGACGACGACGACGACGACGACGACGACGACGACAAUCGACUGCAGUUUUGUAUACGGAGGACGCAAUCGAAAGGAGAACUUUCACGAGCCCCAUUGUUGAGCCGAAAUAAAGCGAGCGCUGAAAAGGGAUUACAGCGAAUGGAACUUUGCUCUCUCCCUCUCUCUCUCUCUCUUCGCGAAAAAAAAACAGCGCAGGAAACUAACAAAAACCCACAAACACACACAAACAACGCGAGCUGGAACUUUUCAUUAAAUACCCCGCAACUUGCCUGCAGAAUUCGAGAUUAAAAACAAAAACGCAAUAAUAGAGCACAUCUCGCAAUACACGCACGCCGGCCAUUAUAUUCGACGAAAAAGGCUCAUGACCUUUCGUCCGAAGGGUGCGAGAGAGCGGGAGAUGCUGUCUUUUCCAGCUUCUUCUCUUUGCCCCUGGCGUGUCCUUGGCUACGCACCAACAUACACCGUGCCUACCCCCUCCUAACCUCAAAAAGUGCGUGUGCGAGGGGAGAGAGAGAGAGAGAGAGAGAGAGUCCCUUACGCGUACAAGGGGGAGAGACCGGGAAUCGAUGAGGGUGCGUGCGUAUCCCCGAAGGAGAGAGAAAGAGACAGCAGCGGAGAGGGGCUUUGCCAUACCUACCUAUACCAUACACUCGUCUGCAGGAUGAAUCAGUAAGGCGAGCGCGCGCGAGUUGCCGGACGCCGGCUUUGUUUACGUGCCCGUUUCUCUGUGCUCGGCGUCGCUGCUUUCUUCUUUUUCCCCCUUUUCUCUCCAAUAAUAAAUACCUGUAUCGUUGUUGCGGUGGAUUUUUAGAGGAGAGACAUUCGGAUUUGCAACUUAGUGGAUCGGAGACGUUGCCGGAUUCGAGAAUAAUAAGAGCCUGUGAGAGCUGCGAGUGAGAUGUGAGUUUCUGGAGGAACUGCGGACAAAGCUGUUCUGUGCGCGGGAUCCGUGCUGUAGCGCGGUCGCUUCGAAGAAUCGAGAUCGAGUUCGAGGAGAAGACGCUGCGGACCAUAGAAGCAUGCUUGCAUCAGGUGCGAUGAACCUGCUGGCGCUCCUGCUGCUGCUGCUGGUCGGAGGCCAGGUGUCGAGCGCGGGAGCCGGAUCGAUGAUCCUCAUGGACCCGGAGGUGCCGCUCAAGAAGUGCAGAUACUCCAGGGCCUACGGGAUGUUCCAGGCGCAGUGCCGGGACCUCAAGCUGAACGACAUUCCGCCGAACCUGCAGUCCAGUAUCGAGAUACUGGACGCCAGCGAGAACCGCAUCCGGGAGCUGCGCAACGACAGCCUCUCGAGGUACAGCAGCCUAAAGUUCCUCUACAUCCAAGACAACUUCGUUCAGCAAGUGGCCGAGGGCGCGUUCCAGCCGACCUACUACCUGGAGGUGCUGAACCUCUCGGACAACGGGCUGUUCGAGCUGCCCCGGAGCCUCUUCCAGCUGCAGUCGCUGCGCAACCUCUACGUCAACUCGAACAAGCUCGGCGACUCGUCGUUCAACGUGUCCGGCGUGAGGUCGCCGCUCAACUGGCUGCACGCCUCCAACAACCAGCUGACCAGAAUGCCGCGGCUCGCGCCCCUGGCCAUGCUCACGAAGCUCAACCUCUCGCACAACCACAUCAGCAGGCUCUCGAGCGAGGACAUCGCGCCGCUCUGCUCGCUGCAGCAGCUCGACCUCACCGGGAACCCGCUCAAGUUCAGCGAGAACAACUGCGAGUGCCACGAGUUCAACAAGUGGAUCAAGAAGAGGAACAUUCAGCUGAUCCCGAAGCCGCAGCUCGAGUGCCCCUCGUCUCUGCGCGAUCGCUGCUCGCUAAUCGAGUUCUCGAACCGCACGAUGUCCCUGUACAGCGGCUGCGUGACGAAUUUGCGCGACAAGGCCGAGGCUCAGAAAGCCCGCUCGACCUGGAUCUGGAUCGCCUCCUGCAUCGGCGCCUUCGUCAGCUGCAUCUGCGUGGCCUUCUGCUGCCUUCAGAAGCGCAACCGAAACAAGAGGCAACGACUCAAGGAGCAGGAGAUCCACGCAGCCAACAACGCCAACACCGAGCAGUUGCUCAACAAGGACAAGGAGAUCGCUCACGAGCAGUCCUAAAGGGCUCGCGUGCUUAUACACGCUAUACUCGGGACGCUCGUUGUCUCUGCGCGACUGGGACAAACAUUAUACUAGAUGAUUGUUUUUUUUUUUUGUUUUUUUUACCCCCACGAGGUGCGUCGGUUAACGUGCAUCAUUUCCUGAUGGAUCUUCCACUGAUCGUACCUUAUAUUUUAAUAAUGUAAUAAUCGUCCUUCAUAUGAUUCUAUGCGCUUGUACAUAUAUGCUUGCGCACGCGUGCGCCGCGUGCGGGCUGGUAUGAUUGGUAUAAUUUUUUUCGAGGACUUCGGAGAGAAGCGAAUUCGCAUACACGAUAUAUAUAUACUCCGAUAAUGCCCUAUAUGUAUGAAGAUACACAACGCAUAUUCAAGUCGAAGCAAACUUUGUUCAUACUGUUUUUGUGGAAUAUUAUGAGAAUUUUAACGAUAUAUAUAACUCUAUCGAUUCACACAGUUCAUAAAGUUUAUCAAGGGGAAAAAGUCUAUUAUAAACCGUGUGCGCAGCUAUACUGAUUUGCAUAUGAGCGAUUCUCCAGAGCGCAUUUUAAUCUCGUACAAGCUCGGAAUGAUUUUUCGAUAAAUUAAACUCUACGUACUAAUUCCGCAAUAUAUAUGUAUGACACACCAGCGCCCAAUUUUGUACCGCGAGUUUUUUCAAAUUUUGCCUAAACGAUAAUAUGUAUGAUUAUACUGCGUCGUACGUUCCACUUUUAUACGAUUUCAUAAUGAAUCCGAUACACGUAUAUAUCUUCGCGUAAUGAUAACUCGUGUAAUGAUAUGCGUUCCACGCAAAACGAUGAAUCAAAAUGUGUUUUCUUAUAUAGGUAACUACUUAAAACCGCCAAGGAGUGGUAACAAUAUCCUCACGGCACAGGCGUCGCUUCUUUUCUCUUUUCUCUCAGCACUGCGAUUGAAAAUAAAAGAAAAUAAUAUGAAAUAUGCAAGAGAAAAAUGAACUGAAAAAUGCUAAGGGCUCUCCGUGAUUCCCACAAGCGAAUAUCUACUGAAGUGUACGAUGCAUCCAGUAAACAAAAACGGUGAUCGAGUCGUUGGACGAGACUGAGGCUCUCUUAUUGCUCCUUCGCAUAUCAGCGGCGCAGAUUCAACAUAUCCAAGAUAAUAAACCAAAUAAACGAAUAUCGCACUUGAUUGCGUGUAUUCCAAAAGGUAUAUAUUAUGUAAACAAAUAUAUAUUAUAUUCAAAAGUAAAUUAAGCAUUAUAUUUGCUGUUAAAAAUAUAGGACUCGGUGGCGAGAAUACCAAGUAAAAAUUAUUAAAUACAUUAAAGCAUUGCUCAUCAUUUAAUAAAGAAAAUAUGGAAGGAUAUGGAUGAAUAUAUUAUAAACUUGUAAAUGCUUGUUGUUUAUUCAAGGGAUGUGUAGGCACGAGAAAUAAUGCUGCAUGUUUGUUUUCGUUUACUGGAUAAAGCCGGCGUCUCUACUUAUUAUACGUUCGAUAAUUCAAAAAAAUAAUGAUGAAAUGUUUUAUCAAAAACGAUUAUGGAAAAAAGGAAGAAAAGGACGUGAAAAAAAAUUUGGAAAAGAGCUAGUUCGGAAGCCAUUUAUGCGACGUCGUCAUUGACGACAGCGACUUUUUUGAGACUAUUCAUGUUAUUUUUUAUACAGAGAAUAAGCGAGAUUUUAUCGCAUAAUAGUCAUUAGUACGUAAGGUCUUAUCCGUCAUUUCCAUGUGUAUGAGAUAAUAUAUAAAUAUUUAUAAGCUUAAACGAAGAGUUAUUCAAGUGAGACGAUAACAUACUAGCCUUAUUAAUUUAUAAUUGUAUUGUAUUUUAGAGAAGAUGUUUUUCGAUAACUGCGCCGCCCAUUACUUCGAAUCCAUACUCCGAGACUCGACGGUGUAGCUAUUUUAUUUUUUAUGUACUUACAUAUGUUCGUCUUUUUCGCAUAAGAAUCGCAUUCUCUUAAUUCCACAAGUUGUAAUGUUUGUAACUCGUUCUUUUUUUUGUUCUAUUGUAAAAAAAGAAUCCUUUCGGCCGAGCGUUGAAUGUAAAACUAAUAAAGUUUUUAUUCCGAUUCAAUUGCUGAUCGUUAAACUUAAGUUUACUAAUUAUUUUUGUAAUUAUGUGUCAUACCAUGUGAUGAAACGUAUUUAAUUUUGCUACAUUUUCUUGUACGUUAUUGAGUGCAGUUUACUUAAUAUCAAAAAAGAUGUGGUAGAAUGAAAAGAGCAAUUUCAGUUACCGUUGCUAUUCAAUCGUAUUUACUGAACAAAAUGUGUAUAUUGAUUAAGAAAGCUUUUUCUCUAAUUGAAUUAUUCACAAUGUAUAUAUUCUCAUUCGAGAUCUAGUUUCAAGUAAAUCCAUUUAGUUUGUAAGAUUCGUCGUAAAUUCAACUGUAUAGGUUGAAUAGGGCUACAUUACUGAUAAUAGGAAUGGAGCGUACAAAGACUAUACAU